CAAAAUUGAAGAAAACAAAAUUUUCCUGCUCAUAAUUGGUCUCUUCUCUCCCCACCACCCCACAUAAGUCCAAAACCAAAUCACUUCUCAUUUUUUUUUUUGAUUUCUUCAACCACUCUCUCUGCCUCGCUUCGAUUUUUAAUUUCGUAACUUUAUCAUCGUUGAAACGCACAGAGAGAAACCACCCCGAGAGAGAGAGAUAUUUUCUUCACAUCUCGGGAGCUUCGAUUGCUAGUAGGUUAGAAAUGAUUUGGUCAUCCAUCAUUCCUCCUUCUUCUGGUUAUUCAAUAAAGAGAAGUUUAUACGGGCAAAACCAACCCCCAUUGAAUCGAUUCUGAUAGAGCUAGCUCAAAGGAAGUUCCGAGAUAAAAGGGCAGAUCGUGUCUGAUGGAGUUUCUCAGAUGAAUGAAUAUUGGGUCCUCUAAACGUCUUAUUGUUGAGUUGCCUCGAUAAAUGAUGAUAUUUGGUUGAAGAAGUAAAUCCAGAGAAACCCAAGAAAAGAAGAUAUGACAAAGCAUCGGUUUAGAGAGACAUUGAAGUCUUUCUUUGAGCCUCAUUUUGAUCAUGAGAAAGGCGAAAUGCUCAAAGGAACAAAAUCUGAAAUGGAUGAAAAGGUGAAGAAAAUCUUGGGAAUGGUUGAGAGUGGAGACAUCUACGAAGAUAAAUCUAAAAGACAAGUGGUUUCAGAUUUAGUGAAUGAAUUCUACAGUGCGUACCAGUCUCUAUAUCGCAAGUACGAUGAUCUGACAGGAGAUAUUAAGAAAAAGGUGCACGGGAAAGGAGAAAGCUCUUCAUCAUCCAGCUCUGACUCGGAUUCUGACCAUUCUUCGAAGAGGAAGACCAACAGAAAUGGAAAAGUAGAGAAAGAUGUGGAGUCUGUAACAGAUGGACAAACCGAAGCUGCUGAUCUGAAAGAAAAGUUGACAAUGAGUGUUGAAGAAAAAGAAGCAGCUUUGGUGAAGUUAAAAGAAUCAGAAGAGAUCGUCAGGAAUUUGAAACUUGAAACUGAGAAGUUAGAGGGCGAAAAGACAACAGCUCUGAGUGAUAGCAGAGAGUUACAUCAGAAACUGGAAAUUGCGGGAGAAACGGAAACUGAUCUGAGCAAGAGGUUAGAAGAUAUGAAAAAUGAAAGGGAUCAACUGCAAACUGAGAUAGACAAUGGUAUCAAAAGAUUUCAAGAAGCUGAAAAAGUUGCAGAAGACUGGAAAACAACGAGUGAUCAGCUCAAAGAUGAAGUUGCUAAUUUCAAGCAGCAGCUAGAAGCAUCAGAAAAGCGGGUUUCGGAUAUGACCCAGGGAAUGGAUAGUGCAGAGGAAGAGAAAAGAUCUUUAUCCUUGAAAGUUUCGGAGAUUUCAGGUGAGAUCCAACAGGCACAGAAUACCAUACAAGAACUCACUUCCGAGCUGGGAGAGAUGAAAGGAAAAUAUAAGGAAAAAGAGAGUGAACAUUCUAGUUUGGUGGUGUUGCAUGAGAUCCAUGAGAAAGAAUCAUUGAGCCAAGUGAAAGAACUAGAAGCACGAGUAGAAUCAUCAGAGAAAAUGAUUGCAGAUUUGAACAAAAACCUGAAUAAUGCAGAGGAAGAGAAGAGAUUGCUCUCUCGGAGAAUCUCAGAAACCUCUAAUGAGAUUCAAGAGGCGCAGAACACCAUACAAGAACUCAUUUCUGAGUCUGAACAGUUGAAAGAGAGCCACAGUGUGAAAGACAGAGAAAUGUUCGGUUUGAGGGACAUCCAUGAGACUCAUCAGAGAGAAUCAUCCACCCGAACGAGUGAACUAGAAGCUCAACUGGAAUCCUCAGAGAACCGGAUCUCAGAUUUGAAUGCGAGUCUGAAGGCUGCAGAGGAAGAAAACAAAGCCAUCUCCUCGAAAAAUGUGGAAACUCUAGACAAGCUAGAACAGGCACAGAAGACAAUACAAGAACUCAUGGCUGAAUUGGGAGAUUUGAAAAAUCGACACAAAGAGAAAGAGAGUGAGCUUUCUAGUUUGGUGGAGGUACAUGAGGCACUUCAGAGAGAUUCAACAAGUCGAGUGAAAGAAUUAGUAGCAGUGGUGGAAUCAGCAGAGCAACAGGUUGCAGAUAUGAAACAGAGUUUGGACAGUGCUGAGGAAGAGAAAAAACUGCUCUCUCAGAAAAUAUCAGAGAUUUCUAAAGAGAUUCAAGAAGCACAAAAUACCAUACAAGAACUCAUGUCUGAAACUGGAAAGUUGAAAGAUAGCCACGGUGAGAAGGAGAAAGAACUUUCAAGUUUGAGGGACAUCCACGAGACUCAUCAGAGAGAAUCAUCCACCCGAGUGAGUGAAUUAGAAGCUCAGCUAGAAUUAUCGGAACAGCGCGUCUCAGAUAUGAGUGUGAGUCUGAAGGCUGCAGAGGAAGAAAAGAAGUCCAUGUCCUCGAAAAUCUUGGAAACUACGGACGAGCUCAAGCAGGCGCAGAACAAGAUAGAAGAACUUAUGGUUGAACUGGGAGAAAUAAAAGAAAGACUCAAGGAAAAAGAGAGUGAGCAUUCUAGUUUGGUGGAGUUACAUGAGACCCAUGUGAGAGAAUCAUCUAGCCAUGCGAAAGAAUUAGAAGCGCAAAUUGAGUCAUCAGAGAAAUUGGUUGCAGGUUUGAACCAAAGCCUGAACAAUGCAGAGGAAGAGAAAAAACUGUUAUCUCAGAAAAUAUCAGAAAUCUCCAAAGAGAUUCAACAGGCGCAGAACACCAUACAAGAACUCGUGUCUGAGUCUGAACAGUUGAAAGAGAGCCACAGUGUGAAAGAAAGAGAAUUUUCUGGUCUGAGGGACAUCCACGAGACUCAUCAGAGAGAAUCAUCCACUCGCACGAGUGAGUUAGAAGCUCAACUCAAAUCAUCAGAACAGCGGGUCUCCGAGUUGAGUGCGAGUCUGAAUGUUGCAGAGGAAGAAAGCAAGUCCAUGUCCUCGAAGAUCUUGGAAACUACAGACGAGCUCAAACAGACGCAGAACAAGGUACAAAAACUAAUGGCUGAAUUGGCAGAGACGAAAGGUAUACACAUACAAAAAGAGAGUGAGCUUUCUAGUUUGUUGGAGGUACACGAGGCACAUAAAAGAGAUUCAUCGAGUCAAGUGAAAGAAUUAGAAGCGCUGGUGGAAUCAUCAGAGCGACGAGUUAAAGAUUUGAACCAGAGCCUGAACAGUGCUGAGGAGGAGAAGAAGCUGUUAUCUCAGCGAAUUUCAGAUAUGUCUAAUGAGAUCAAGCAGGCAGAGAACACCAUACAAAAACUCAUGUCCGAGUCUGGACAGUUAAAAGAGAGCCACACUGAGAAAGACAAGGAACUUCUCAGUUUGCGGGGUAUCCAUGAGACUCAUCAGAGAGAAUCAUCCACUCAUUUAAGAGAUUUAGAAGCGCAACUGAAGUCAUCUGAACAAAGGGUUUCUGAUCUGAGUGAAAGUCUGAAGAUUGCAGAGGAAGAAAAUAAAUCCAUGUCCACUAAAAUUUCAGAUAUUUCAGAAGAGCUCGAAAGGGUACAGAUCACGAUACAGGAACUCACAGUUGAGUCAGGCAAACUGAAAGACCAGCUUUCUGAGAAAGAAGCAGAACUUUUACAUCUAACAGAGAAGGAAAGUAAAUCACAGUUGCAGAUAAAAGAACUAGAAGGAACAGUAGCGACCCUUGAGUUGGAGCUACAGUCAGUUCGUGCCCGGACAGUAGAUCUUGAGACAGAAAUUGCUGGCAAGACCAGUGAAGUUGAGCAACUGGAAGCACAAAACAGAGAAAUGGUUGCUAGAAUCUCGGAACUUGAGAAGACAGUGGACAAGAGAGGAACUGAACUCUCUGCUUUAACCCAAAAGCUCGAGGAUAACGAGAAGAAAUCAUCGUCCACAAUCGACAGUUUGACAGCUGAGAUCAAUGGCCUACGAGCAGAACUAGAUUCAGUGUCUACUCAAAGAGAAGAGUUAGAGACGCUAAUGGAGAGCAAAGGCGAUGAAGCUUCAAAGCAGAUUAAGGGUUUGACGGAUGAGAUCGAUGGUCUGGGCCAAAAAGUGGUCUCACUUGAAAGCCAAAAAGCAGAACUAGAGAUUCAACUUGAGAGGAAGUCCGAGGAGAUCACAAGCAAGGUCAAAGAUCACGAUAAUAUUCUAGAAGAAAGGAAUGGUUUAUCUGAGAAAACCAAGGGUCUUGAAGUUGAGAUAGAGACUCUACAGAAACAGAGAAGUGAGCUUGACGAGGAGCUAAGAGCUAAAACAGAAGAGAUCCUUCAAAUGCAUGAUAAGAUAAACGAAGCCUCUGCUGAUAAAGUGGCCUUAACAGAACAGAUCAACAGUCUGCAGAAUGAACUUGAUUCUCUGCAGGUGAAGAAGGGUGAAACCGAAUCAGAGCUCGAUAGAGAGAAGCAAGAGAAAUCAGAUUUGUCAAAUCAGAUCAUCGAUGUCAAAAAAGCAUUGGUAGAGCAAGAAGCUGCUUACAAUAUGAUGGGAGAGGAACACAAACAGAUCAAACAACUGUUAACAGAACGCGAGGAAACACUUAAUAAGCUAAUAGAGGAUCACAAAGAAGCCCAAAGGUUAUUGGAGGAGACAGGUAAUGAAGUAUCAUCCAGAGAUUCUGCAAUCGCUGGUCAUGAAGAGACAACGGAGAGUUUACGUAACGAGCUGGAAAUGAAAGGAGAAGAGAUAGAAACUCUCAUGGAGAAGAUCAGUAACAUCGAGGUUAAGCUACGUUUAUCUAACCAGAAACUGAGGGUGACCGAACAGGUGCUAACAGAGAAAGAGGAAGCUUUCAGGAGAGAAGAAGCUAAACACUUAGAGGAACAAGCAGAGCUUGAGAAAAGCCUGGCGGUGACUCAUGGGGCUUAUCGAGGUAUGAUGAAAGAGAUAGCAGAGAAAGUGAACACAACACUAGAUGUCUUUCAAUCAGUGUCGGGAAAACUCGCGGAGAAGCAGGGGAAGUACGAGAAAACGGUAAUGGAGGCAUCUGAAUUACUGUGGGCUGCGACGAAUUGGGUGAUAGAGAGGAAUUACGAGAAGGAGAAGAUGAAGAAAGAGAUGGAGAGGAAAGAAGAGGAAAUAAAGAAGCUUGGAGAGAAAGUAAGAGAAGAUGAAAAGGAGAAGGAGAUGAAAGAAGAGGAAAUAAAGAAGCUUGGAGAGAAAGUAAAAGAAGAUGAAAAAGAGAAGGAGAGGAAAGAAGAGGAAAUGAAGAAGCUUGAAGAGAAAGUAAGGGAAGAUGUAAAGGAGAAGGAGAGGAAAGAAGAGGAAAUAAAGAAGCUUGGGGAAAAAGCAAGAGAAGAUGAAAAAGAGAAGGAGAGGAUGAAGGAGACUCUCGUGGAACUUGGAGAAGAGAAAAGAGAAGCAAUAAGGCAAUUAUGUGUGUGGAUCGAUCAUCACAGAGGUCGCUGUGAAUAUCUUGAAGAGGUUUUGUCUAAGACUGUUGUAGGUCGAGGGCAAAGACAGUCCCAGCGAGCCUAAGAGCUAGCUAGCGUCACCAUCGGAGACAGUAUGGAAGCUGGACUUCCGGAAAACUCCUGGCUGAGAGGACAUUUUUGGUCGACUACUUUUGUGUCUGUUGUGUUUGUUGCAUUAUUCUAGUCCUCUGUAUUUGUUUUUACUGUUGUUUUCUAGUCAAAUUGGGUUUUAUUGUGGGCAAAGUUUGGUGGUCGGAUUGAAUGGGAAUAAUGGGCAUCCUGCAAAUGAAUUUGAUAUUCUAUUUCUGGAGGGUGUGAUUGUACAGAACGAUUAAUCAAUGUUGUUGGUAUAGUGUGUGUCUCCGGUAUUUGUUAAAUACAAAUAAUUUUUGUU